UUUUGAACUAAUAAACUACAAGUGAACGUCAAUCUCAUAAAUGACCCAAAAUCAAUUGUAUAGUUUGUAAAUGGAUCAUAGGUAAUAUUUUUUUCAUACUGAACUCCAACGAAAUACACCUUUGGAUGGUGUGGUAUUCGCCGUCCAAGGACAUACACAGGACAUUCAUUGGACUAAUAUUUUUGAAUAGCCGUUCUGGUUAUAAAGGGAUCCAUUAGAAGAGAUCCUUUACAAAGCAUAAGACAUUACAAAGCAUGGAAAAAUCUACAAAAGUUCUAUUGAAGAAAUUCAACGCUUUUCAAUUUUCAAGUCCAACUUACGUAGAAUUGAAUCACAUAAUGCAAAGGAAGAACGAGGAUUUUCUUCUUUUAGAAUGGGAGUAAACAAAUUUGCAGAUCUUACUCGUCAUGAGUUCAAAGAUAUGAUGAAGUUAUCGCGGCAACAAAAGCCAAAAAUUUAUGGAAGCAUUAGAGAAUUCGAGGAUGAAAAAGAUGUUCCAGCUGAAGUAGAUUGGAGCAAGAAAGGAGCAGUUACCGAAGUUAAAGAUCAAGGACAAUGUGGGUCCUGUUGGUCUUUUAGCGCAACUGGCACAAUAGAAGGAGCAAACUUUAUCAAAACUGGUUACCUAAUUUCUCUAAGCGAACAAAAUCUAGUAGACUGUGAUUCUGAUUGCUACGGUUGUGGAGGAGGAUAUAUGAUUGAUGCACUAAAGUACGUACAGAAAAAUGGAAUUAUGGCUGAAGAUAAAUAUCCAUAUGAAGCAGAAGAUGACAAAUGCCGUUUUAAUUCCUCUGAGGUCGCUGUUAAAAUUUCAUCUUUCACUCAAAUAAUAUCUGGCGAUGAAAACGAUCUGCAACAGAAAGUUGCUUUAGUUGGACCUGUUUCAGUUGCUAUAGAUGCAUCUUGGAAUUUCCAACUGUACUCAUCAGGUGUUCUCGAUGAUGAUUCUUGCGAAAAUUCAGUAGAAUCAUUAGAUCACGGCGUUUUGGCUGUUGGAUACGGAACUAAAAAUGGUCUAGAUUACUGGAUUGUCAAAAAUUCUUGGGGAGAAGAUUGGGGAAUGAAAGGCUACGUCUGGAUGUCCAGGAACAAAAACAAUCAAUGUGGAAUUGCUACCGAUGCUGUCAAAGCCGUUGCGUAA